AUGGGAACCGCAAGGCGCGUCUCGCUGGGGUCCCGGACUCCUAACGGCGCCGUGAGAGCGGUUGCUAGGAUGAACAGGAGCCACACUACAUUUUAUUAUCUGUGGUUAUUAUAAAGUUGCAUCUCUGGUCCUUCCCUCUGUCGCUUUGGCUGCAGCUGUGUCCUUCCAAAGCCCUUUAGGGCUCCCUCUGAUCUUGUAUCCAGUGGCCAUCCCUCAUUUCCCCCAACUACCCAUCAGGUUCUUCUUCAUUGUCCAUGGGUGUUGUGUAUGUUCCAUUACAGACUUUGAUCACUGUCAUCACUGCCUUUGGGAGUGCCAGGAAUUUUCCCACAUACCAGCAACCAGUCACUUUUCUUCUUGUCAGGAGAACACAUCCUUGGGGGAAUAUUGCAAAAGGGAAGACUUUGGGGCUGGGUUUAGGGCAGUCUCCUAGUCCUGCCCAUCCCUUGGUGGGUGCCCUGGGCAAAGGUGUACAUCUCCCGCCUGGACUGAGCGCUCAUCUCCACUCUCGGCGCCAUCGUCAUGCUGAGCUGCCUCUUCCUCCUGAAGGCCCUUCUUGCUCUUGGGUCCCUGACAUCCUGGGUGGCUGCAGGAGAGCAUGUGAAAGCAGGAGAAUGCCCUCCUGAUAAUCACCCGUGCAGAGAGCUGUGCCAGGGGGAUGAGUCGUGUCCUGCUGGGCAAAAGUGCUGCAGCACCGGCUGCGGUCGUGUCUGCCGAGGAGGCCUUCCAGAAGGGAAGAAAGGAGAUUGUCCCAGGGCUGUUCGGAAACAAUUCUGCUUCCAAAGGUGCGUCACUGAUGAGACUUGUCCAGGUACAGAGAAAUGCUGCACGUUUGGCUGCAACAGGCGCUGUGUGGUCCCAGUCACUAAACCCAAGCUGGCGUCUGGUGGUGAAUGUCCUGCUGACCCCCUUCCGUGCGAGGAGCUGUGUGACAGGGACGAGUCCUGUCCCCAGGGGCAUAAGUGCUGCAGUACCGGCUGUGGCCACUCAUGCCGUGGAGACAUUCAGGGAGGGCGGGGUGGUGAGUGUCCACGCCUUCUGGUGGGCUUGUGCAUUGUCACCUGCAUGAUGGAUGAGAACUGCCAGGCCGGGGAAAAGUGCUGCAAGUCAGGCUGUGGCCGCUUCUGUGUCCCGCCCAUUCUGCCAGCGGAACUGGCCACAAACCCCAACGGGACCCUCAGCCCUGGUUCUGCCAGAGGGAUCCUGGUGCCUUAGCUGUCGUGAUUUGUCCUGAGCUGCUUUGGUGAUGACAGGGGGGCUUUUCCUGGCUGCCAGGAGAGAGUGAUGUCCUGGAGCUGUGACCCUCCUGGGGGCUCUCGUUGCCCUCUCUGCUCUGCUUCUGUUCCUGCUGUGGCCCUGAGCAAGGGAAACAGAGUCAUGGGUUUGGGCAAUGGUGUGUGGUACUGCUUUUCCCCAAUAAAGACUGUACUGAC